AUGGGCGCGGCUGGGAUGGCGACGGCGGCGGGGACGGCGGUGCUGGUGUACCUCGUCCUGUCGGGGCGGCUCUGCGGGGACGCCGCCGCGGGCGACGGCCGGGAGGACCGGCUGAUAUCGUCGGCCGUGUCGGCCGCCGCGGAGGCGCGGCGGCGGCGGAGGGAGGAGGCCCGGGAGAGGUGGCGGCGGAGGAGGGAGCAGGCGCGGGCGGGGCGGCCGUGGCCCGAGCGCGCCCCGGACGGGUGGGGCGCCGCCGCCGCCGUCGCGGCGCGCACCGUGCGGUUCACCUGGGCGGAGACGCUCGGCAAGUGGGCCCUCGGGGAGCUCGCCUUCGGGAUCAAGUACUACAUGCGGCAGCAGGGUAAUCUGCAGCAUGAGUAUGCUGGAAGCGAUUCUGUACUACUGGAUGGGCCUGAGGUAAGGCAGGAGCUGAUUGCGCUACUCGGAUACCUGAAGCUAUGCAUGUAUUUCUCGAAGAAGCCAUACAACGUGUUUUUGGAGUUUGGAGGAUAUGAACAGAACGAUGUUCUUAUAAAGAAAUCUAAGGCGAGGCUCUUGAAGCCUGCUUUCACAGUUGUUCGCGACAGAAGUAGCAAAUGCUUUCUCCUUUUCAUUCGGGGGGCUAUCAGUGUUAAGGAGCGGCUGACAGCGGCAACUGGUGCAGAGGUUCCAUUUCAUCAUGUAGUUGUCCAAGAAGGUCGCGUCUCCAACGUGGUGUUGGGCUAUGCCCAUUGUGGAAUGGUUGCAGCAGCUCGAUGGAUUGCAAAACGAGCCAUUCCUUGCCUAAGUAAAGCAAUGGAGCAAAGCCCAGACUACGAGGUCAAGAUCAUUGGACAUUCAAUGGGAGCUGGGAUUGCAACAAUACUAACAUACAUCCUACGUGAGAAUGAAAAGCUGUCAUCAUCCACUUGUAUUGCAUUUGGGCCAGCUGCUUGCAUGACAUGGGACUUGGCUGAGUCGGGUAAAGACUUUGUUACCACCAUUGUUAACAGAAAUGACCUAGUGCCAUCUUUGGGCAUAGCUACUGCUGCUAAGCUUCGGACAGAGGUUAUGGCAUCAUCUUGGGCACACGACCUUCGCAAACAAAUUCAGCAGACUAGAUUCUUAGGUUUUGUGAACCGUUCUGUGAGUUUCAUCAGAUCUCAUGUGCCCUUCGUCUCUGAUCCAAGAUCUAAGGUUGUAGAUGUUGAUAUGCUGCAAUCUCAGACUUCUGAGGCUGGGAGCAAGCCUUCAGCAGAUACCCAUGCUGUGGUAAAGAAACGCCCUGCGCUGGUUUGCUGGUCUUGUGUUGCUGCACAUAAACAGACUGUUGAAUCUUCUAAACAAACACAGGACAUGGAAAAUCAAACUGACACUGAUGUCAAAACUGUGAAAGUUACUGAGGAAGCUGCUGCUGAGGUAGUCGCAGUCGAUCUUGGUGAGCUAAACCUUCAAGAAUCAGGUGAGGAUGAUGCUGACAGGGAGGAAAAGGAAUCGGCACUGAAAGAAACAGACAAAGAAGAGGCCAUGGAGCUCCUAGAGACCUUGACCGACGAGAAGCAGGAGCUGUCGCCAUCAACCCCUGCUCAAGAGCCACACCAGCUAUACCCCCCAGGGAGAAUACUACACAUGGUUGGAUUGCAAGCAACAGAAGAAGCAACCACAAGUGAGCAAGGAGCCCAGGAGGAAGUUCUCGCGCUGUACGAGACACCUCGACAUUUGUACAGUAAGAUUCGACUCGCGAGGUCCAUGGUAGGCGAGCAUUACAUGCCCAAAUACAUUAAGACAAUGGAGCAGUUGAUCGAAAAACUUCCAGAGGAGGACAUUGACGACCAGUUGGACUCGUUGUAGCAUCAAAAGUGUGUACAGGAUAAUAAUUAUUAUACAGAUCAUGGAAAGGAAAGCCAUUGUUUCAGGUUGCUAGUUCUUAGCUCUGAUUGGUUCAAGGUUUGUGGUAGCAAUCUAGAAGCUCUAUAGCACUACCAAUUUCACUUUGGCCUGUCGGUUUGUUGUCAUUUCACUUUGACAGCCAUCUCAGGGAGAGCUCAAAGAGCUUAACCAGGUGAUGGUUCAGUGUUUCAGAAAUUUCAGCAGCAGCAGUUGUUUCUAGUUGUGUAUACUGUUUUAACCAUUGAAUAAUGUAGGCAAUUCAUCUGAAUAGACACAUACCACUAACUGGUUAUCAAUUAGGCGUUUACUUGGGAAAAAAAUGCCAAGUAGCACCAGUUCUGGUUUCUGUGAUCAGUUCACUGACAGAUGUGUACAGUUUAAUGCAGCUAUUUUUGGCCUGAAGCAGAGA